AGCAAGCUUCAUGUUUAUUCUAUAUUUAUAAUGGCUACGUCUGAAAAUAAUAAAGAAUCUACAUGGUCAGAUGAUGAAUUCUUUAAAACACUUACACAAGAAGGUGAUAUAAGUACUACUUAUAAGGACAAAGGAGAAAGCACCACAGAUUCGGAAGAUAUUCCUCUUGCUGAUAUAAAACAACGUACAAAAAGACCGGUUAAAAGGAAGCUUAUAUUAAGAAGUGAAAAUGAAUCUGAAGAGGAUGACAGUGCUGCUGAUGAGGACUAUGUUCCUAGCAAAAAGGACAUUAACUCAAGUGAUUUAGAGUCUAGUGUAUUGUACAGGAAAGUACAAAAGAAGAAACAAAACAUAAAAAUUAAGAGGGAAACUUGAUGGAAAAGGAAACAAAAGAAAAUGAAAAUCAGCAAAUCACACAAAGUGAAGAGGCCAGACCAAACUUAUUUAGCAAAAAUGUUGAGACACAAAAUUAAAAAAUUGCAAAGCAGACGUAAAAACGUUACUGCAUUGUCACCUGACGUAAACAGGGCUAAACAAAUAAGCAAACGAUUGCAUACAAUACAGACAAUUGUCAGGAAAUCACAUUUGUCUCGACUAGACACACUUCUAGCAAGCAAUGAACUUCGCCGCGCUAGAGCAUAUGGGGAUGGAAACUGCUUUUUUAAUACAGUAAAAAUCAGUGGAAAUUUUGAUGAAAGUGCCCUUUCACUAAGGAAAAGAGUUUGUGAAUUUAUGGUUGAAAAUGCUGACAAAUACAUGUCAUUUUUUACUAAAAAGGAUGGCAAUUCUAAAGAGGCAUUUCUCAGAGACAUUAAUUUGUUGAAGACAAAUGGCCAAUGGAAUUUUGAUAUAGCAGACAUUGUUCCACUGGCAGUAGCAAACCUUACAGAAAGCACUGUAAGAAUAUAUUCAAGUUCAGUGUCGACCCCCGUCAUCGAGAUCAAACCCGAGCAGGUAACGAACAAGGACAUUUGCUUAGCUUACUUAGCAGUUCGUGGGUAAA